AUGAUGCUCUUCAGGAGAGGCAUAGCAACGAUGGCGUCUGUCAAAAGAGCCUCAAAAAUUGUUUGCAUUGGCCGCAACUACGCGGACCAUAUUACGGAGCUCAAUAGUGCCCGGCCAAAGCAGCCGUUCUUCUUCCAGAAGCCAACCUCAUCCAUUUUACUUCCCGGAGAAGGCCCCGUGAUACGACCGAAGGGUGUCAGCCUGCACUACGAGGUUGAACUCGCUCUCAUUCUGGGCAAACGGGUCAGAGACUUCAAUGCUCAGGAUGAGCAGGCAGCUUUGGAUGCCAUCGAGAGCUACGCCCUGAGCAUUGACAUGACCGCUCGCAACGUCCAGAAUGAGGCCAAGAAGAAGGGUCUGCCGUGGGACAUCAGCAAGGGUUUCGACACCUUCCUACCCGUGAGCAAGGUCAUCAGCAAGUCGGCCAUUCCAGACCCGCACAAAAUUGAGCUGUACCUGAGCGUCAACGACAAGGUGCAGCAGAACGACUCGACCGAACUGAUGCUGUUCCGGAUCCCGCGGAUUCUGAGCGACAUCUCCAAGGUCAUGACGCUCGAAGCAGGCGACAUUGUUCUGACGGGAACGCCCAAGGGUGUUGGGCCCGUCGUGCCUGGCGAUGUGAUGCGUGCUGGUAUUCGGGUUGAUGGCAAGGAGUUGGAAGACGCCAAGCUGGAAGUUGCGGUUGAGGAGUCAACCAGCUCAUACGAGUACGCUGAGACAUGA